AUGUCUGAUAGUACCGAUAAAGAUAGGCAUAACAAAAAUUCGUCCAGGGGUAUCGUCAAUACGGAUAUCGAGGAUGACAAUAGUCCAUCACCUUUGGACACCACUGACAAGAAAGGUGCUCCGGAAUUGCAGAAACCGGGAAAUCCAUCUUUGUUCAAGGAAUCUGCUUUGAAGAAUUCUGAUCAGCUACAAUUUAGAAACAGUUUCAACAUUCCAAAUGCCGUUGGCGGAACUAACGGAAUUGUAAUUCCUCCAAAUGUUCAACCAUUAGAUCAACAACGUAUUCCACCUAGCUACACUGAUCACUUACAGGUUAAGGAUACUUAUUUGACGGGAAGAACUCUAUUGUACUUCACAUCGAUAUUUGUGUCACUAGGCGUAUUUUUGUUUGGCUACGAUCAAGGUGUUAUGUCUGGUAUUAUCACUGGCCCAUAUUUCAAGACUUAUUUCAAUAACCCAACUGCGGCAACUAUUGGUACUAUGGUCUCAAUUCUUGAGAUUGGAGCUCUUGUUUCCUCCUUACUAGUCUCCAAUAUUGGUGAAAAAUUCGGUAGAAGGUUCACUAUAAAAUAUGGAUCUUUAAUUUUCAUUUUAGGUGGAUUGGUUCAGACGUUUUCAUGGGAAAUGGGUCAUAUGAUAUUUGGUAGAAUCAUUAGUGGUAUUGGUGUUGGUUUAUUAAGUACCAUUGUACCCAUUUAUCAAUCAGAAAUUAGCCCCCCACAUAACAGAGGAAAAUUGGCUUGCAUUGAGUUUACAGGAAAUAUUGUUGGUUAUGCGUCUAGUGUUUGGGUCGAUUAUGCGUGCUCCUAUAUAGAAUCAGAUACUUCUUGGAGAUUACCCUUGUUCAUUCAAUGUGUUAUGGGCUUGCUGUUAUUUUUAGGGUCGUUUGUUAUUGUUGAGACUCCCCGUUGGUUAUUAAAUCACGACCAUGAUAUUGAAGGGUUGGUGGUCAUAGCAGACUUACAUAGUGAUGGUGACGUUUUGCAUUCAAAAGCUCAUGAGGAGUAUAAGCUGAUCAAGGAAACAGUCCUCAUAUCAAGACUGGAAGGUGAAAAGAAAUCGUUACGUUUUGCUUUUAAACGGUAUAGAACCAGGAUGCUAAUUGCAAUGAGCUCUCAAAUGUUUGCUCAAUUAAACGGUAUCAACGUUAUAUCAUAUUACGCGCCUCUUGUUUUUGAACAAGCUGGAUGGGUUGGUAGAGAGGCCUUGUUGAUGACAGGUAUUAAUUCCAUCAUUUACAUAUUGUCCACUAUUUUGCCAUGGAAAUUAGUUGAUAAAUGGGGGAGAAAACCAAUCCUACUCUCCGGGGCGCUGGUAAUGGGAACUUCUUUGCUUGCAAUAGCCAUGUCAUUAUGGGCGAAUGUUGCUGCCACUCCAAGAUUAGUGGUCGUGUUCGUGAUCAUCUUUAAUGCCUUUUUCGGUUACAGUUGGGGUCCAAUCCCAUGGCUAUAUCCUGUUGAGAUUGCGCCUGCAAUGGCAAGAUCUGCAAUGGCAUCUGCUUCUACUGCUACAAACUGGCUGUUUAACUGGUUAGUAGGUAUCAUGACUCCUAUCUUGCAAGAAAAAAUCCAUUGGAGAAUGUACUUGAUUCAUACUGUAUCCUGCUACUUGUCAUUCUGGUGUGUGUUAAAAGUUUAUCCAGAGACUGCUGGUUUAAGAUUAGAAGAUAUGGAUUCUGUUUUUGAUGACAGGUCAUCAACCUUCAGUUUCCAGUCAGGGACCUCCGCUGAAAUAGAACAACAGUCUCAUCUAGUAAGUGGUGGAGGAGAAGUAGCACCAUCAACGAGAUCUCGCAAAAGUGUUUAUUCGAAUGCACAAUCCAUGUUUAAUAAAGAUGAGAUACAACCACCAACAUUGACCCAGGUUCUUCAAUGGAAGGAAGAGAGAACUCAAACUAAACCAUUGAAAAAAUUUAUAAGAAGAGGCUCGGAGACUGUCUGUUUGAUAUAUAAUAAGGUACGAAACUUACGGAGCACCAAUGAUACAAACCAAAUCGAGUAUGGUGCCGUAUCCAAUAAUCAGCCUCCGAACUAA